AUGAACCCUUACCUCAGUUGGGCCAUCCUGCUCGUUGUGGCAGGUGGUCUCGGCUAUUACUACAAUGGCCCUACCACCAAGGCCAAGGCCCCCAUCAAGCCCAUCGUGGAAAAGACCGAACCCGCCCCGGCGGCAAAGAAACCAAAGCGGAAGGCGAAGAAGUCCCCCGAACCCUCGGCCGCUCCCUCGAAGAAGGAGGAUGAGAAGCCCGCUUUCGCGUUGCAGGUGGAGGACACCGACAAGCCGGACGCGGAGAUCGACCACAAAGAGAUGGCCAAGCGCUUUGCCGCCGUGAAGAACGGAACUCCCCUCCAGGGCAGCACCAAGUCGCAGAAGAAGAAGAACAAGAAGGCUACCGCCUCGAGCCAGCCGGAAAGUGGCGCCAGUGAGCGCUCUGCCUCCCGGGUCUCGACUCGCACUUCUUCCACCACUGGUGCCGAGGCCGAUGACGAUCUCUCCCCUGCCGGUUCUCCCAUGGUCAAGGCGAACGUUCUCUUCCGGGUGGCUAUCUGCACUCAGCUCGUGAGGCGGAGCGCCGCGAGGCUUGCCAAGGCGAAGCCCGCUGCCCAGUCCAAUGCCUGGCAGACGAAGCCGGUGAACCCGCCCACCAACGGAACCUCCCAGGCGGCCCCUGUCCCCGCCCCGAACCCCAAGGUGGAUCUGCUGGACACGUUUGAGCCCACCGCAUCGACUUCGAGCAAGGAAUGGGACCAGGGCCUCCCCUCGGAGGAGGAGCAGAUGCGCAUUCUUGGAGCGAACGGUGGUGACCAGUGGACCACGGUCUCCAGCAAGAAGAUCAAGAAGAAGGGUGGCAAGGCGGACGAGAGCGAGGCGAGCGCCCCCGAGACUCAGCCUGAGCCCGUAGCCCCGGCCCCGGUGGAGCCCAAGGUGAAGGUGACUCCCACCUAUCUUCCCGAUGCCCUUCGUUCUGGCAAGAAGGGCCACCCUCUUGACUCGGACUGGGCUGCUUGA